AUGUUCAGAUUCAAAUCAGUAGUUCCAUCAUUAAGAUAUUUUACCACUGGGAAGUCCGUGGUGUUUGAUAUAGAUGGGGUGUUGAUUCAUGGAGCUAAAGCCAUUCCACAAGCCAAGAAAUCCCUUCAAUUGUUAGAUUCUAAUAAAAUUCCUUUCAUUUUACUCACCAAUGGUGGUGGAUAUAGAGAAUCCGAUAGAACUAAGUAUUUAUCCCAACUCAUAGAUUAUCCUUUCAAGUCUGAUCAUUUGGUACAAUCCCAUACUCCUAUGAAGACAUUGAACUAUAAUAACGUACUCGUGGUUGGAGGACAGAACGAUAAAUCACGAUAUGCUGCAUUAGAUUAUGGUUUCAAAAAUGUAGUUAUGCCCAUAGAUAUAGUCAAUGCUAACAGACACAUAGCUCCUCAUGCUAUGUAUAAGGAAUCGGACUUUCAACAAUAUUCAAAACCUUGGGAUGGUAAACCAAUUGAUGCUAUUAUGGUAUUUAAUGAUCCUCGUGAUAUGGGAGCCGAUUUACAAAUCAUUUUAGACUUAUUGAAUUCUGAAGGAGGUGAAAUAGGAACUCGUAGGUCGACAAAAUCAUCCAAACCUUCAAUACCUAUAUUUUUCAGUAAUAAUGAUUUCGAAUGGUCAAAUGAAUUCCCUUUACCUAGAUUUGGACAAGGAGUGUUUAGACUUGUUGUUGAAACUGUUUAUAAAGAAAUCAACGGCUAUGAUUUGGAAAGAACCCUUUAUGGGAAACCAUUCAAAAUCCAAUAUGAUUACAUCAAAGAUUUGAUAGGAGGAAAAGUUUAUAUGAUUGGAGAUAAUCCUAAUAGUGAUAUUGAAGGAGCUAAUUUAGUUGGAUGGGAAAGUUGUCUUUUGAGAACUGGUGUUUAUAGAGGAGAACAAUUAGAACCCAAUAAAACCCCAACGAUGGGAAUCUUCGAUAAUGUUCUCGGAGCUGUAGAAUCAAUCAUCGAUCAUAAAAUAUAG